AUGACUAGCGAGCAUAAAGAUGUUUCGCUAACGACUAAUCCUUCAACAAAUGACGAUUCCAGUCCUGUCGUUGCUAGAGUGUCGUUCAAGGCACCACCAUUUUGGAAACAGAAUCCCAAAUUAUAUUUUGUACAGAUUGAAAGCCAGUUCACCAUUGCUGGAAUUACAAAAGACGAAACCAAGUACCAUCAUGUUGUGGCUGCCAUUGAAACAGAUGUGAUAGCACAAGUCAGUGACAUAAUUUUGAACCUAAAUGAGGAACUAAUGUAUGAAGCUUUAAAGGAGCGCCUGAUUGAGCAAUUUGCAGAUUCAGAGACUCACCUUCUUAAAUUGCUUCUACAAGAGCUGCAACUUGGGGACGAUCGACCUUCUGAAGACCUUCUGAAAAAUUUAUGGUUACAACGCUUGCCCACAGCUGUACAGCAAUUCCUAGCUGUCAGCACCGGUGAUUUAGAUGCUCUUGCAAAGAUGGCAGACCAGGUCUUGGAAGUUACUGACUCGUCAUCCAUCCACUUGUUCGAAGGCCCGAAUAGCGGAUGCAAGGACUGCCACACACUUCGAAGCCAUUCUAGUUCACGAAGAUUCAACCCCAGUGAUGGAAUUUGUUGGUUUCAUCAUAAAUUUGGAAGCACGGCCAGAAAUUGCAAAACACCUUGCAAUUACAAUCAGGAACACUAG